AUGAAGAACACAAGCUAUUCCGUACCUCACGUCCUAGUCCAGGAGUUCGGAGGAGCUUCGGUACAGGACCCCGAACGAGUCCGUCCGCUUCCGGACCCACCAAGUCUCCACGAACGUAUCAACCCCCAAUGGACUCCACAAGCCUCCGCGUCCAUCACAGCCCCCGAGCCCGGUCGAGUCUCUCCAUUCCAAGGAUCGGGAGCUAGGCGCCGGACGGGAUCGUUGGACAAGAAGGCUAUCAAACGCCUAUGCUGGCUCUGUAUCGCGUGGAUCGGGACGGUACGGUCCCAAAGCUGGACCACACCGUCCUGGUACGACGAAUCGUCCUGCCUCACGGCGUUCCGAGGCACGGCGGACACGAGCGGCGAGGGUCUCGUGGACUACAUCGAGUACUACGACGUCUUUUUACCGAGUAUCUCGCCCUACGCCGCGUGUCCUCCCGUCUGGAACUUUGGCGUCCCCGCGCCCCGCGUCUACCGGAAUUCCUUCUUAUCUCUCGCCUGCACCUGCCGAAACUAUGCCGCAAUCGUGACGGGCUCCUCCGACUGCUGUGCGUUUCCCACAUGGUUCACGGACGAAUCCUACCCCGACGAGUACGCCAAGCAGAUCUGUCGUGCUACGGCGGUUCUUUUGGAACAAGAAUGCGGCAAUGGCGGGUCUACUGGAGGUCCUACUCCUGCUCCGUCCACGCGUAUCACGUCCACUCCUCCAAGUUUUGUCCCGUCCACCAGCACCCCCACGAUGCCCCGCUCUCCGGUGACUCCCUUGGCUACCCUGUCCCCUUCGCCGACCGUUUCUCCCAUCGUGUUGCCUACAUCAUUCCAAUCACCCACGCCACGGCCAGGAUUCAACCAGGCGUCCAAUCCCCCGACACGGACCGGAGCCGCCGUUGUGGGGGGAGAGGCCAAUAGUGGACGUGACAAUGCCGAGACCACCGCCGUGGCGGUUCCGCUCACACUCGGUACCGUCGGGAUGGUUCUCGUCGGACUCUUUCUGUUCCGUCGUCACCGACACCGACGCGACGACACCGUAAUGGCCGAUACGUCCAAAGAUAUAGAUCCGACCGGAGACGAAACGGGAGAUCCCGAAGUUGUGGUACUCUCGCAUUCCCAAGCCAUGAAAGAUUUGCUCACUACCUUGGAAGACGACAACGAACGACUUUGGUACCACUCACACACGUGUAAGCCUGAGGCCGCUGCCGUCUUCGUUUCCGGUACCAAGAGCAAGAGUCGCCAGAACCGCAAGCUCGGGGAAGAAAGAACACAGUAAGAACGUGAUCCAGAUCCACAACGGAAAAAAUAAUCUUUUUCAGAUCGAAACCGGUUCGAAAGCGUCCUCGGACGGAAUUUUUCAAGAUACCGAUGACGAUCAGAGCGACUCGUGCCUUUCAAAUUCCAGU